AUGACGUGUGGUAAGCUCCUUGUCCAAUCGUGCAACUUGUUGUGGUUCCCAAGCACCGUCUACCUCUUGGGUGCCGCCCAGCCGAACAUCGCAGCCACGAAGGACUCGACGGCUUUCAAUCUAGUGAUCCAGCGUCCACGCAUUGCAGGGGGCACGUUGAUCCUCGCGCUCGACGCGACCGUCAAACUCAUUCGAGAGAACGGCAUGAAAGACACGGACCGUCACGUCCUUCGUCUCCAGUACGGACCAAGCAGCAAACACCUGAUCCUGCGGGCCUCCAGCGCGCAAGAGCGGCAACAGUGGCUGGUGGCCAUCGCAGCCGCAAUGCCACCACCCGGUUGUUCCGACCAUGGCGACACAGGUCGCACUGGGAACGUGCCACGACGGCGAAUGCGCGCCCGCGUGCCAAAGCGAGCGAAGAAGGCCCAACGUCCACCUUUCCAGUCCGUGCCAUUGCAACGUGGUUGCUCGAUUCGACGCGUGGUGCGACAGAACGUCCCAGCAGCUAUGCAGGUUGUCCUCGCGUUCGGUCAGAUCAUUGCCUCUGCUCACUAG